CACUGGCCUGGCAUCUCUGGAAUAGGAUGAUGGAGCCAGCAGGAGAGAAAGAUGAGCCACUGAGUGCAAAACACAGGAGGCCAAUGAAGUGUCCCUCUCAGGAGAGCCCCUAUCUGUUCAGCUACAGGAACAGCAACUACCUGACCAGACUGCAGAAACCCCGAGACAAGCUCGAGGUAAGAGAAGGAACAGAAAUCAGAUGUCCUGACAAGGACCCCUCCGAUACGGUUCCCACCUCAGUUCAUAGGCUGAAGCCGGCUGACAUCAACGUAAUUGGAGCCCUGGGUGACUCUCUCACGGCAGGCAAUGGGGCUGGGUCCACACGUGGAAACAUCUUGGACGUCUUGACUCAGUACCGAGGCCUGUCCUGGAGCGUCGGCGGAGAUGAGAGCGUCAGCACUGUUACCACCCUGGCGAACAUCCUCCGGGAAUUCAACCCUUCCCUGAAGGGCUUCUCUGUUGGCACUGGGAAAGAAACCAGUUCUAAUGCCUUCUUAAACCAGGCUGUGGCAGGAGGCCGAGCUAAGGAUUUACCUGUCCAGGCCAGGAGGCUGGUGGACCUGAUGAAGAAUGACACGAGGAUACACUUUCAGGAAGACUGGAAGAUAAUAACCCUGUUUAUAGGCGGCAAUGACCUCUGUGAUUUCUGCAGUGAUCCGGUCCACUAUUCUCCCCAGAACUUCUCAGACAACAUUGGGAAGGCCCUGGACAUCCUCCACGCCGAGGUUCCUCGGGCAUUUGUGAACCUGGUGACGGUGCUUGAGAUCGUCAACCUGAGAGAGCUGUACCAGGAGAAAAAAGUCUACUGCCCAAGGAUGAUCCUCAGGUCUCUGUGUCCCUGUGUCCUGAAGUUUGAUGAUAACUCAACAGAACUCGCCACCCUCAUCGAAUUCAACAAGAAGUUUCAGGAGAAGACCCACCAACUGAUUGAGAGUGGGCGAUAUGACACAAGGGAAGAUUUUACAGUGGUCGUGCAGCCGUUCUUUGAAAACGUGGACAUGCCAAAGACCUCGGAAGGAUUGCCUGACAACUCUUUCUUUGCGCCUGACUGUUUCCACUUCAGCAGCAAGUCUCACUCCCGUGCAGCCAGUGGCCUCUGGAACAAUAUGCUGGAGCCUGUUGGCCAGAAGACGACACAUCAUAAGUUUGAAAACGAGAUCAAUAUCACAUGUCCGAACCAGGUCCAGCCAUUUCUGAGGACCUACAAGAACAGCGUGCAGGGUCAUGGGACCUGGCUGCCAUGCAGGGACAGAGCCCCUUCUGCCUCGCCCCCUACCUCAGUGCAUGCUCUGAGACCUGCAGACAUCCAAGUUGUGGCUGCUCUGGGGGAUUCUCUGACCGCUGGCAAUGGAAUUGGCUCCAAACCAGACGACCUCCCCGAUGUCACCACACAGUAUCGGGGACUGUCAUACAGUUCGGGAGGGGACGGCUUCCUGGAGAAUGUGACCACCUUACCUAAUAUCCUUCGAGAGUUUAACAGAAACCUCACAGGCUACGCCGUGGGCACGGGUGACGCCAGUGACGUGAAUGCAUUCCUCAAUCAAGCUGUUCCUGGAGCAAAGGCUGAGGAUCUUGUGAGCCAAGUCCAAACUCUGAUGCAGAAGAUGAAAGAUGACCAUAAUCUGUAUUCUGCAGCCAACUUUGUUGACCAUCUCCGCGAUGCCUUGGAUGUCCUGCAUAGAGAGGUGCCCAGAGCCCUGGUCAACCUCGUGGAUUUCUUGAACCCCAGUGUCAUGCGGCAGGUGUUCCUGGGAAACUCGGACAAGUGCCCAGUGCAGCAGGCCAGCGUUUUGUGUAACUGCGUUCUGACCCUGCGGGAGAACUCCCAAGAGCUGGCCAGGCUGGAGUCCUUCAGCCGAGCCUACCAGAGCAGCAUGCGUGAGCUGGUGGAGUCAGGCCGCUAUGACACACGGGAGGACUUUUCUGUGGUGCUGCAGCCCUUCUUCCAGAACGUCCAGCUCCCCGUCCUGGCGGAUGGGCUCCCAGAUACGUCCUUCUUCGCCCCAGACUGCAUCCACCCAAGUCAGAAAUUCCACUCCCAGCUCGCCAGAGCCCUUUGGGCCAAUAUGCUUGAACCACUUGGAAGCAAAACAGAGACCCUGGACCUGAGAGCAGAGAUCCCCAUCACCUGCCCCACUCAGAAUGAGCCCUUCCUGAGAACCCCUCGGAACAGUAACUACACAUACCCCACCCAGCCAGCCAUUGAGAACUGGGGCAGUGACUUCGUGUGUACAGAGUGGAAGGCUUCCAAUAGUGUUCCAACCUCUGUCCACCAGCUCCAACCAGCAGACAUCAAAGUGGUGGCCGCCCUGGGUGACUCUCUGACUACAGCAGUGGGAGCGCGACCAAACAACUCCAGUGACCUACCCACAUCUUGGAGGGGUCUUUCUUGGAGCAUCGGAGGGGAUGGGAACUUGGAGACUCACACCACACUGCCUAACAUUCUGAAGAAGUUCAACCCUUACCUUCUUGGCUUCUCUACUGGCACCUGGGAGGGGACAGCAGGACUAAAUGUGGCAGCGGAAGGGGCCAGAGCUAGGGACAUGCCAGCCCAGGCCUGGGACCUGGUAGAGCGAAUGAAAAACAGACCCGACAUCAACCUGGAGAAAGACUGGAAGCUGAUCACGCUCUUCAUUGGGGGCAACGACUUGUGUCAUUACUGUGAGAAUCCGGAGGCCCACUUGGCCACAGAGUAUGUUCAGCACAUCCAACAGGCCCUGGACAUCCUCUCUCAGGAGCUCCCAAGGGCUUUCGUCAACGUGGUGGAGGUCAUGGAGCUGGCCAGCCUAUACCAGGGCCAAGAUGGGAAAUGUGCCAUGCUGCCAGCUCAGAACAACUGCACUUGCCUCAGACACUCUCAAAGCUCCCUGGAGAAGCAAGAACUGAAGAAAGUGAACUGGAACCUCCAAAAUGGCAUCUCCAGUUUCUCCUACUGGCACCAAUACACACAGCGUGAGGACUUCACAGUUGUGGUGCAGCCUUUCUUCCAAAACACACUCAUUCCACUGAACGAGAGAGGGGACACUGACCUCACCUUCUUCUCCGAGGACUGUUUUCACUUCUCAGACCGUGGGCAUGCCGAGAUGGCCAUUGCGCUCUGGAACAACAUGCUGGAACCAGUGGGCCGCAAGACUACCUCCAACAACUUCACCCACAGCCGAGCCAAACUCAAGUGCCCCUCUCCUGAGAGCCCUUACCUCUACACCCUGCGGAAUAGCCGGCUGCUCCCAGACCAGGCUGAAGAAGCCCCCAAUGUGCUCUACUGGGCCGUGCCAGUGGCGGCGGGAGUCGGCCUUGUGGUCGGCGUCAUCGGGGCAGUGGUCUGGAGGUGCAGAAGAGGUGGCCGGAGGGAAGAUCCUCCAAUGAGCCUGCGCACUGUGGCCCUCUAGGCCCAGGGGUGGGUCCUCCCUAGCCACUCUCCUCACUGCCCUCCGCCCCAGCCACUCCCAGCCACCAGGACAUGCUUCAACACCUGGUGCUAUCCCAGGGGAUAGUCACAACUUCUCGAGGCCUGGGCUUCUUCCAGGCCUAUGCUUCUGGAAGGGGUACAUUUAAAUAAAGUUCAAAGCUGUUUUA